UUGGGUUUUUGCUAGUUGAUGGAGAAGUUGUAAAAGCUGGAAGGAGCAGUGGAAUUUAUUGUCUCCUCCUUCUGGCCCCAGAAUCUGUGUUGCUGUGAAGUUCACACGUGUGUGUGUUGGUCAAUUUGCCAUCGUGAAGAAGUGCCGUGAGAAAAGCACAGGCCUAGAGUACGCAGCCAAAUUCAUCAAGAAGCGGCAGAGCCGGGCCAGCCGGCGGGGCGUGUGCCGGGAGGAGAUCGAGCGGGAAGUGAGCAUCCUGCGGCAGGUGCUGCAUCCCAACAUCAUCACUCUGCACGAUGUCUACGAGAACCGCACUGAUGUUGUACUCAUCCUUGAGCUCCAGAAAACAUUAUGUUGUUAGACAAGAAUAUCCCCAUUCCACACAUCAAGCUGAUCGACUUUGGCCUGGCUCAUGAAAUAGAAGACGGAGUGGAAUUUAAGAACAUUUUCGGGACGCCGGAAUUUGUUGCUCCAGAAAUUGUGAACUAUGAACCUCUUGGCCUGGAAGCUGACAUGUGGAGCAUCGGCGUCAUCACCUACAUCCUCCUGAGUGGAGCCUCCCCCUUCCUGGGUGACACAAAGCAGGAGACGCUGUCAAACAUCACGGCCGUGAGCUACGACUUUGACGAGGAAUUCUUUAGCCAGACCAGCGAGCUGGCCAAGGACUUCAUUCGGAAGCUUCUGGUGAAAGAGACCCGGCAGCGGCUCACAAUCCAAGAGGCACUCUCGCAUCCCUGGAUCACGCCCGUGGACAACCAGCAGGCCAUGGUGCGCAGGGAGUCGGUGGUCAACCUGGAGAACUUCAAGAAGCAGUAUGUGCGCAGGCGCUGGAAGCUUUCCUUCAGCAUUGUCUCCUUGUGCAACCACCUGACCCGCUCCCUGCUGAAGAAGGUGCACCUGAGGCCAGACGAGGACCUGAGGAACUGCGAGAGUGACACUGAGGAGGACGUGGCACGGAGGAAGGCCCUCCACCCCCGGCGGAGAAGCAGCACUUCCUGACUGGCCCCUGCCUGCCAGGCAGGGCCCGCCCAGCGUGGACUCGGGGACCCCUCGCGGUUCCCAGACAGUCUGCAUCCCCGAGCUCUCCACAAGAGACGUGGACCUGCAGCACUCGGAGGCAUUGGUAGGGGGUGCUGGGAGAGCCAGGAGCAGUGGCUGACUCCUGUGCA